UGCUUUCUUUCCAAAGCUCCUUUUAACUUUUUGCUUUUCGCUUUGUGUCUGGGGUCAAAAGGAACAUCCACUGGGAAGAUGCCAUCCCUGGCAUCGGCAAACCAGAGCUUCGGGGAGCCCGAGGAUUAUUCCUACGGGGAGUGGUACAUUGAUGGACCCACCUCAGGUGAAAAGGCACCGCAACCAGAGCCAAUUAUCCCAGCCUGCUACCACAGCUUCCCACCCAGCCUUUACCACACCUGCCUGGCCCCGCUGUCGCUGGCCACCGUCUUGGUGCUGUCCCUGCUAGUGAAACGCCGGAAGCUCUGCCUGAAAUGCUGGAAUGGGACCUUUGGACUUCCAAGUCCUGUGGAUUUCUUGGCAACAGAAAGUGGCCGGCUGGUGCCCGUGGUUGUGUUUGGGAUCCUCCUCACGAACCUCUACAUGCUGGGUUUGGAUGAAGACUUUUUCCCAGGUUACUUGAAAACCUUAGGCUUGCUCUACUACCCGGCCCUCUACUACCCGCUGAUGGCCUGCGCCACAGUCAGACACCAAGCCGGAUACAUCCUGGGCUGCUUACUCUCCUGGGCCCACUGUGGGGUCCAGAUAUGGUAUAAAGUGGAGUGUCCUCAGACCAACAAGAUCUACAGGUACUACUCCCUGCUGGCCUCCUUGCCUCUCCUUGCCGGCCUCGUGUUCCUGAGCUGUUGGUAUCCGGCGCAGCUCCUAAGAAGCUGGACUGGAAAGAUGGCGACCGGCGCAGAGGAGGUGGAGGAAAGCUAUUAUGGAGACUAUCUCAGGCGCCUCCUCAGUGAGAAGAAGUCAAAAAGCAGCUCCCCGGAGACUGAUCGGAGCUUCCUCUCGCGGGCCCUGCUCUAUUUCCUCCCUCACAUCUCCGUUCAGCAGCCAGGUUUCCAGCUUCCCCUGCAACUCAUCCUUUCGGCUGCCAUGGCAGUGGUCACAAUUUACCAGGUAGCCCUGCUGCUCCUGGCGGCUUUUGUCCCCAUCAUCCAAAAAACCAGGGCAGGAAUCACAGUAGAAGUCACCUACCUGCUGGCUGGCUUUGGAGUGGUCCUCUCAGAAAGCAAGUCAGAAGCCAUAGAGCUGGUGAAGUACUACCUGUGGACUCUGGAAGUGUGCUAUGACUCUGCCCUGGUCCUGUCCUGCUUGCUCACCUUCCUCAUGCUGUCAAAGUCACUGAUGACCCACAGAGCUAACCUGAGGGCUCAGCACCGUGCUGCCCCCCUGGAUGGAAGUCCCCCGCCACAGAGGCAGGGUUUGAGGGCCACGGCCAUCUUCUGCUGGAUGAGCUUUACGGGUUACCAAGCAGCCUUCGUCUGCCUCGGGCUCUUUCUCCAGCAGAUCAUCUUCUUCCUUGGAUUCGUGGUUUUCAGCUUUCUGGUUGUCAUUCCCAUCCUGUACGGCAGGAAUCUCCUGCUCUUGCGUGUGCUGGAAAGCAUGUGGCCUUUCUUCCUCAUGCUGGUGCUGGCUGUGAUCCUGCAGAACCUAGCUGCUCGCUGGGCCUUCCUGGAGAACCGGCAUGGCCAACAAGAGCUGACUAACAAGAAGGCUCUGUUUGCCAUCACUUUCCUGCUCUUCCUCGUUAAUGUGAUGGUGGGCAUUACUGUGGGCAUCUGCCGGAUCGUGGUCUCCGCCCUCUUCAAUGUCGUCCACUUCUGCCAGCUGGACCGCAGCCUGCUCUCCCGUGCUGUGGACACUUGGGACCCAGGCUAUCGCACUUACUGCUAUUACUUGAAGAUGGAGGUCAGCCAGUCUCAUCCCAUAAUGAAAGCCUUUUGUUUCCUGCUCUGGCAAUUACCUGGCUCCCGGGGACUGGCUGGAACCCAAGCUGCUCUCGUACCCAGUGACAUAGAAGGGAUCCAUAUGACGCCAACCAGGAGCCCAUCCGCCAGAGCCAAGCAAAGCCGUGUCCGCUGGGGACUGGCUUAUACCCUCAUCCACAAUCCAUCUCUCCUGGCCUUCCGCAAGAAAGCCCUGGCUGGCCCUCUGGCCAACGGGAGCCAGCCCAGCCCUCCCAAGCCCUGAUGGACCUGCAGCGCCGGGAGGAUAAAGGAGAGGGGACCACCGGGAAGUGUCUCUGUCCAGGGGUCCCUGGCAGGAGCCUAGCUGACAUUUUCCUUCUUUCCUCUCCCUCCUUCCUCCUGGAUUCUUCCCAAAGUCACCGCUUUGAAGUUCUUCCCUGGAGAUGUGCUGGACUCCUCCCAUUGGAGGGAUGGGCUCCCAGAGCAACUCCUGAAUGCUGAUGGUGCAUCAUUUCGGUAGCAGCUUCUGUUUGUUGUUGCCUUUUUGAGGGGGUGAGGAGAGACAAAUAAUUUGCUGUGACUCCUGAGAAAUGUCGGCAUCCUCAGCUGCCUAGAGCACACAUACAUACAUACAUACAUAUAUGUGUGUGUACAUGCUCACACACAGCAGAAUCUCAUCUCCAAGUCGCAGAUGCCUCGGAAAAUUAAUACUUCUGCGUCCCAUCUCUUCUUCCCUAAACCAUCAGAGCAGAUAAAAAUCCAUAAUCUUCAUGACUCAUUUCCCUCUAUUCUUCCUUCUCAUUCUUUCACUGAUCCAUUCAGUCAACAAACAUUUAUCAAACACUUACUAAGAGAGAGUCAGUGUUGGGCUCUAAGGGUCCAAAGUUAAAAAACAGCUCCUGCCUUCAGAGAUUACAUUCUAUUGGGGAUAAUUACACCAUUUACACAUUACAUCACAUAAUCACUAGUACAAUUACACCAUUUACACAGAUAAAUUCAAGAUGAUCGGAAAAGAAAGAGAGAAGUUAGAAAAAUGGCAUCUGAGUUAAGGAAGUUUCUAGGGUACUUCCUUCUCUGGAGUCACCUCUUUUCCUUCUGAGACCCAGCCCCAAAUGAAUUCUCGGGGGCCUCUUCAUCAUCCUUCUUCAUACCACCCCCAAUCAAGACUUUACUAAGUACCCAGCAAGUUAGAGAGCAAUGACCCUUGCCCACUGGAGAGUACCCAGGACUGGGAUCAUGUCUGAAGAUCCCAUCCAGCUUUCUAUUCCAGAAAACCCCUCUACCGGCCAGUGGCUCUGAAUGGUCCCCAGCUUUAAGCUUUGUUUGAUUCUUAGAGGCAACUAGGUGGCUCAGAUCGCUAAAUAUAAUCCUGGGCAAGUCACUGUUUGACUUAAUCCAUUGGAGAAAGAAGUGGAAAAUCACUCGGAUCUUUGCCAAGAAAACUUCAUGGACGGGAUGGUGCACGGGGUCAUGAAGAGUCGGACACACUGAACAACAAUAAAAGUCUGAUUCUUGGAGCUCUAUCCAAAGACUUCUUGAGAUAUUUUCUCCACCUCCACAAAGCACCUUCUAACCCCUGGGAUCCUAGCCCAGCUGUCUGGGACUCAGGCCCUAAGUGGUGUUUGGUUUGGCAUCCAUCUUCCUUGCAAGGGAUCAGAGCUCCCACCUCCUUCUCGAGCUCAGUCUCCAGUUCCAAUGACCAUCUUUGUCCCAAGAAGGUUUGGAGUAUUCGUGGCUUGGCCCCCUUUCUGGGGAAAAGCCAAAAGUUAUCACUUCUCCUUUUAGUAAAUUCUUCUCCUCUUGUCCAAUCAGCAGCAAGUGGGUCCAGAGAGAAAAUAAAGACCAUUCCCACGUUCCACAAUAUCCCCAAGCAUCUUGUGUGAGUACACAAGAAAGAAAGAUUUCUGUCCAUGACACUUGGAGAACUCCAUGCACAUGUGAUAUGUUGAAUAUGAUUUCAGUACAGACUGGUUUCCUCUCUACAUCAAGGGGACUGUGGAUUCAAAUCCUGCUUUGGUCAUAGGAGAAAUAAAUUGAUUGAAGUUAGCCCUUGACAUUUUCCAGGUACCAGUGAAUUUAUGAUAGGUUUGGAUCUAAUCAGGUAUAUAAUGUGGACCAAACUGGAGGGUUUGGGAUGUUAACAUGGUAUCAAAUACUUAACCCUUCUUCUCAUUGUCUCCUAGCCCCACUCUCCCAAAAUUGGACUCUAAGGAAUUCUUAGAGGUUUCUCCAGAACCCUCCUAAGGCCUCCAAGGUACCAUGGAAUAGAGAGGAACUCUGUGCCCAUGGCCUUUGGCAUCUCAGAGCUACAGCUCUCUCUUUAUACCUGGCUGCUUAGUAUGAAGCAAAACCCCAACAAUCUGAGCUUUCUGAAGAUAGAUCUUGGGAGUAAUAAGUUCCUCCUCAAUGGAAGGCUUCAAGUGAAGGCUGCCUGAUUCCUUUUUGGGGAAUUAUUGUACAUGUGAGGGCUGGCCAGAAUCCCCGGAGGGUUCUUACAAGCCCAAGAGUUGGUGCUGAAAUCCAUCUUCCGCCUCUUAUCACUCUCCCUCUUACUUCCUAUCUUCCUCUUUGAAACUAGCAGAAACCUCACUUCUAAGACAGGAAAGCAUGAAGCUGGUCAGAAUUUUUGCUAACUGUUUGGCUACUUUGACUACUAGAGAGUGCAGGGGAAUUUCCUGAGGUGCAUUUCCCAUCUCAGAGUAUAUGUUACCCUCUGGUUUGCUGUUACAGAACCUGGGCAUGGCCUGGAUAGAAACUUGAAUUCUGAAUAUUUAGAGUGUAUUUCUACCGUUGCAUUUUAUGAAGGAGAUGGAUAUAUUUCUUCUAAUAAAUGACUCCAAAUGAACAA